GCAACUGUCCGCAUCUAAUGCACCUUCACCUCACUGUCGGACAAAGUCAACAACAUCUAAUCCCUCUAAAAUGUUUUGGACUACUCUUCUCAGCCUUGCGGCUGUCGCUGAAGCGGCGCCCCAGUUUGGCGGCGGCGGUGGCACCACUAUGCUGCGAUUCGGAUGCCCUAACGUCGUUAUCGACCGGCUCGACCCGCUUGUUAACCCUGGUGUGGUUCCUUCUGCACACGUUCACCAGAUUGUAGGAGGAAAUGGUUUCAAUGCGUCGAUGACAACUGGCGAUGUUGCUGACACCGCUUCCUGCACGACCUGUCAAUUCAGCGAGGACUUCAGCAACUACUGGACAGCCAAUCUUUACUUCAAGGCUAAGAACGGAACCUACAAGCGUGUCCCACAACUCGGCCAUGCGUUGCAAUUCAACGAUCAAUUCAGCACCCAGACUCAAGGCGGUAUCCUAGUUUACUACGUCUCGGCUCAGCCAGGUCAAAUCACCGCAUUCAAGCCGGGUUUCCGCAUGCUCUCUGGUGACCCAAUGCUGCGAAAAGCCAACGCAAGCAUGGUGAGACAGAACUGCUACCGCUGCUACACAGGGCCCAACUACGGAGGUGAUGUCGGCGCUCCCUGCAUGGACAACAACGUUGAUUCCCAAGCUCUACCCAACAAAGCUUGUGCAGGUGGUAUUCGGUCUAACAUUCUCUUCCCGACUUGCUGGGAUGGCAAGAACCUUGACAGCCCCAACCACCAAGACCACGUCACAUACCCCACUACUGGACCGGCCAACUUCCUUAGUCUAGGAGGCUCUUGCCCGGCAAGCCACCCGAUUAGAAUCCCGCAACUGAUGUACGAGGUUGUGUGGGAUACUACUAAGUUCAACGACAAGUCUGAGUGGCCCGCUGAUGGAACUCAACCUUUCUACUUGAGCACGGGUGACAACACUGGACUGGGACAGCACGCCGAUUACGUAUUCGGGUGGAAGGGCGAUGCUCUCCAGCGUGCCAUGGACACCUCUGGCUGCUUUGGUGCACGAUGCGCCAACCUCCUCACCCAGAACAUCGCCAAUGCCAGACAAUGCGCUGUAAAGAAGGUGGUGGACGAGGACGAGGACGGAUGGCUUACUGAGCUUCCUGGUAUCGCUAUGCCAAUGUAAAAUUCGGUCUUAGUAAUAUUUUGAGAUAGAGGGAAUUCGCAUUCGGGGUUCUGAAGACUGAUUUAUUUAGCUCAGUCCAUAGCGAGAGAUAGUUUUGUUGGUUAUUGUUAAGCGAUCUACCAACCUAUUCAAUAGAAUAUCUUCGAUUUUUACUCUUUUA